AUGCUCUCCACCACCGUCGUGUUUGGCCUCUUUGCCACGGCCAUGGCCUCUGCCAUUCCCGCCUCUCUCAGCGCCCGCAUCCCCGAUGGCGUGACCUACACGGUCAUCGCGCCCGAGGACAUUCCCGACUACAUCAAGGGCACGGGCAGUGCCACUGAGAUCGCGGCCCGCGAUGGCCUGGCCAAGCGUGCCGACUACGGAGUCUACCUCUGCACCAACGCUGGCUGGCAAGGCCACUGUGUGCACAUCGUGGCCCCGUCGGGCGUGUGUGUCCCUCUCGCCGACGACCUCAACGACAAGGUCUCUUCCGUUGGCCCUGAUGCUGGCGCGUACUGCCGCUUCAACUUGUUAGUACUGCCCUGCUUGGUCUUCAUCUUCUUCGACUAUGGCUGCCCGUCCAACUCGUGCGACCACUUCGACUUGACCGCUCCCGGCUACACCGACCUGAGCCAGGUGGCCAAGGUCUGCGGUAUCAACCCUCCCAACGACAAGGUCUCGAGCUACCAGUGCUGGGCCGCUUAG